GUCGAGGACUCCACCAAGCCCAACGUGGCAACUGAUUUGCCUGAAGGCUCCCCUCAGCUCCCCUCAGCUCCCCUCAUUCAUUUUUCUGCAGCACUGUUCCACCAUUGUUGAGAAACUGUGAAGCCGGGAAAUAUCGUUACGAUCGCUAAACCCUUUACAUCUUCAUACUAUCAAGAGGUCCAGGGUCUUUUCCGGCUUCUUCAAAUCUUCUCACAGCUGCUAAAGAGAUGCCUCCAAAAGCUGCCAAAUCCAAAGAAGCUCCGGCUGAACGACCUAUUCUCGGCCGCUUCUCGUCUCACCUCAAGAUUGGAAUCGUUGGAUUACCAAAUGUGGGCAAGUCCACUUUAUUUAACACACUUACUAAGAUGUCGAUCCCAGCUGAGAACUUCCCGUUUUGCACUAUAGAGCCCAAUGAGGCGAGAGUGAAUAUCCCAGACGAGAGAUUUGAAUGGCUGUGUCAACUGCACAAGCCAAAGAGUGAGGUGUCAGCCUUCCUAGAAAUUCAUGAUAUUGCUGGACUUGUUCGAGGUGCUCAUGAAGGACAGGGGCUGGGAAACAGUUUUUUAUCUCACAUCCGUGCAGUUGAUGGCAUUUUCCACGUUUUAAGAGCCUUUGAAGAUCCAGAUAUUAUACAUGUUGAUGAUACGAUAGAUCCCGUGAGAGAUUUAGAGAUCAUUAGUCAGGAAUUGAGGCUUAAGGAUGCUGAGUUCUUGGAAAAGAGGAUCGAGGAUGUUGAAAAGAGCAUGAAGAGGAGUAAUGACAAACAAUUGAAAAUAGAGCAUGAACUGUGUCUAAAGGUCAAAGCAUUUGUUGAUGAGGGUAAAGAUGUUCGUCUGGGGGACUGGAAAGCUGCUGAGAUUGAGAUAUUGAAUACCUUUCAGUUGCUUACUGCCAAACCAGUUGUUUAUUUGGCUAACAUGAACGAGAAAGAUUAUCAAAGAAAAAAGAACAAGUUCCUUGCUAAGAUUCAUGCUUGGGUGCAAGAGCAUGGUGGUGGAGCCAUUCAUCCAUUCAGUGCUUCUUUCGAAAGGAAUCUUGCUGAUAUGCCACCCGAUGAAGCUGCAAAGUACUGUGAGGAGAACAAGCUACAAAGUGCCCUCCCAAAAAUCAUAAAGACGGGAUUUUCUGCAAUUAAUCUCAUCUAUUUCUUCACAGCUGGACCAGAUGAGGUUAAAUGCUGGCAAAUUCGGCGCCAGUCAAAGGCUCCACAAGCUGCUGGAGCUAUUCAUACUGAUUUUGAGAGAGGAUUCAUCUGUGCUGAGGUGAUGAAAUUUGAAGAUCUAAAGGAGCUUGGCUCUGAGUCUGCUGUUAAGGCUGCUGGGAAGUAUAGACAGGAAGGAAAGACGUAUGUGGUCCAAGACGGAGAUAUAAUAUUCUUCAAGUUCAAUGUCUCCGGGGGUGGCAAGAAAUGAGGGAGUUAUAUUUGCCUGCCAUCGAGGCCAAACUCAAUGAUUGAGUAGUAUUUUAUUAUAUUGACAGAAGGCCUUUAGGAGGUAUAUGGCUGUCUCUGUGCUUACCUUCCUACAAGCUAAGUAGUCAAUACGUACUACUGUACUAGUAAGAUUUUUGGCUGUGUUCAAAAUGUUAUGUUAAUUGCCACUUCAUAAUUUUGUAUGCCUUACAACUCCCCCCACCCCUCUUUCAUCUUUAUUUGAAAUGAAAGAAUGGUCCGUUUGCUCUUCUGUUUUGUUCAUCUUUUGAGAGGCUAGGGUCAGCCCUCUCUUAACACACUUUUUAAUUAAUGAAUACUCC